AGCCCUUUCCUGUUAUCUCUGAUGAAAGGAUAACAUCACUGUUAGGUUACGUGAUAGAGUAGUCUGCCAUCCUACCUAAAAACAAACAAAAAACAUCCUGUCUGUGACAGGAAGGUUGCUGGUUAGAAUCCCUGGAUUGGGCUACAUGUAAAAAAUAUGGACAGUAAGCAAACAUUUUAGACUUCUUCAACAACCCAAAUCGACCUGUGAACCUCCAUUUUAAAUUUUUAUUAAGUGAUAUUUAAAGUGGCUCAUUAAAGUCUGAAAAAAACGAAUGAUCCACACUAGAUAAAGUCUGAAUGUGAGGAGAAAGCCCUGCUGUUUCUGCCACUUCACCACAGUUUGUCACACAUUGGUGUAGAUGAGGAGUAUCUGCUCAGGAGAGGGUUUACAUUACUGUCAUGGUUGGUGUUGAAUACCUGUACGAUUAGAUUAGUCAGUAUUUGUAGGAAAGUAACCUUGGAUUAUGGUAUUCAGGAUUACUUAAUCCGUGACGCAGCAAAAUAACAAAACAGUGCGCGAUCUACGUCGCAGGCAGUCUCAUGACACACACUGGCAAGCAUGUUGCGUUUGCCUGUUGUGAGCCGGAGUCUCUUUCCAGCAACACUUAUUAAAGGAGGUGCGGCUGCAACGAACAAUGCUCGCACCGCAGCAACAGCAACAGCAGCCGCCAGUAACCUCCUGGAGGUUUUCGUGGAUGGGAACCCUAUCAUGGUGGAGCCAGGAACCACUGUUUUGCAGGCAUGUGAGAAGGUAGGAAUGCAGAUUCCUCGCUUCUGCUACCAUGAGCGCCUGUCAGUUGCUGGAAACUGUCGCAUGUGUCUUGUGGAGAUAGAAAAAGUUCCUAAGCCAGUGGCAGCUUGCGCUAUGCCAGUCAUGAAGGGCUGGAACAUUUUAACCAACUCUGACAAAACAAGAAGGGCCAGAGAGGGUGUGAUGGAGUUCCUACUGGCUAACCACCCACUAGAUUGUCCAAUUUGUGAUCAGGGGGGAGAAUGUGAUUUACAGGACCAGUCCAUGCAAUUUGGCAGCGACAGGAGCCGCUUCACAGAGGGCAAAAGAGCUGUAGAAGACAAAAACAUUGGCCCUCUCAUUAAAACCAUUAUGACUCGCUGUAUUCAGUGCACUCGCUGUGUGCGCUUUGCCAGUGAGAUUGCAGGUGUGGAGGACCUGGGUACCACUGGCAGAGGCAAUGACCUGCAGAUCGGGACCUAUGUGGAGAAGAUGUUCAUGUCGGAGUUAUCUGGGAAUGUUAUUGACAUAUGCCCAGUGGGAGCCCUGACAUCUAAACCAUAUGCAUUCACUGCUCGCCCUUGGGAGACCAGGAAGACUGAAUCCAUUGAUGUUCUGGAUGCUGUUGGUAGUAAUAUUGUUGUGACCACUCGUGGGGGUGAGGUGAUGAGAAUCCUGCCUCGUCUGAAUGAGGAUGUUAAUGAGGAGUGGAUCUCAGACAAAACCAGGUUUGCGUAUGAUGGACUCAAAAGGCAGAGGCUUACUCAGCCAAUGGUGAAAGAUGAGUCUGGGCAGUUGGUACCCACAACCUGGGAAGAUGUGCUGACUCGAGCUGCUGGAGCAUUGCAAGGAGUUGAAGGGAAUGAUGUUGCUGCUAUUGUCGGAGGAUUGGUGGAUGCAGAGGCUCUCAUUUCCCUGAAAGAUUUGCUGAACCAUUUGAAUAGUGAGAAUCUGUGCACUGAGGAGGUGUUCCCAAUGGCUGGAGCUGGAUCUGACCUGCGUUCAAACUAUCUUCUAAACACUGGGAUUGCUGGUAUUGAAGAAGCUGACCUGCUGCUUCUGGUUGGCACAAAUCCACGCUAUGAGGCUCCACUUUUCAAUGCACGAAUCAGGAAAGGCUGGCUGCACAAUGAAUUGCAAGUGGCUCUUUUGGGAAAGGAAGUGGACCUAAGUUACACAUAUGACCAUCUUGGGGAGUCUGCCAAGGUUCUUCAAGAAAUUGCGUCAGGAACUCAUCCGUUCUCCAAGGUCUUGGCUGAAGCAAAGCAUCCUGUUGUUGUGGUUGGAAGCAGUUGUCUGCAGAAAGAGGAUGGGGCUGCGAUAAUGGCUGCUGUGUCGACCAUUGCUCAGAACGCUCGUGUCAGCAGUGGCGCAGAGGAAACCUGGAAGGUUCUCAAUGUGCUUCACAGGGUUGCCAGUCAAGUGGCUGCACUUGAUCUUGGGUACAAGCCAGGAGUGGAGACCAUUAGAAAUAACCCACCCAAAGUUCUGUUCCUACUAGGAGCUGAUGCUGGCUGCAUUACUCGCCAAGACCUCCCAAAGGAUAGCUUCAUAAUUUAUCAAGGUCACCAUGGCGAUGUCGGUGCUCCAAUGGCUGAUAUCUUGCUUCCUGGAGCUGCAUACACUGAGAAAUGUAGCACCUAUGUGAACACUGAGGGCCGUGCCCAGCAGACCAAAGUGGCUGUGACUGCCCCGGGCAUGGCUAGAGAGGACUGGAAGAUCAUCAGAGCCAUAUCUGAGCUUGUUGGAGUCACUCUGCCAUAUGACACACUUGAUGAAGUUCGUGAAAGGCUGGCAGAGGUUUCCCCAAAUCUGGUGCGAUAUGAUGACGUUGAGGAGGCCAACUACUUUAAGCAGGCUCAUGAGCUGUCUAAGGCAGUUGACCAGGCUGUCCUCACUGGACCUUUAGCCCCUCCACAGCUUACUGUGAAGGACUUCUAUAUGACAGAUCCGAUAAGCAGAGCCUCCCAGACGAUGGCGAAGUGUGUGAAAGCUGUCACAGAGGGAGCACAAGCUGUGGAAGAGCCACUCAUAUGCUAAAGCACAAUGGAUAGCCAUACAACCCUUGAAAAAAAAUGACCAAAAAUGUAUACAUCAUCAUCUAUAUGCAUUAUGGACCUAACAUACUUUAAUAACCUGCAGAAAACAUGUGUAUGUGCUUCUUGCAGAGUGAAUAUGUAAGCUUAGGGUUUACUGAAUUUCCAAAGAUACACUCCUUAUUUUUUCAUUUGUUAGGACAUAAACAUUUUUAGUAGGUGUGAGUGAUCAAAGGUUUAAUAUACUUAUACUUCAAAAGUAGGUCUAGUAUAUUGUCUUGUAACAUUACCAACAUAAACAAAGUUAAGAUUAUAUUUUCCUAAAGUAUGGAGUAUAUGGUAUUACAAGUAUUUGUGUGAUAUGUAAUAAACCAGUUUUAUGUAGCAAGCCUAAUGAAUCUUUGCAAAUCCCCUAUUUAAGUUUAUGCUCUUAUUUAUUAAAAUAAAAAAUGUUAAAAGUC